CAGUACACAAAGCAAGGACUACUAUAAAGACAUGGUUUAGAAGAACUCGACUGGCCCACACAGAGCCCUGACCUCAACCUCCAUCGAGCACCUCUGGGAUGAACUGGCACACAGAUUGUGAGCCAGGUCUUCUCUUCCAACAUCAGUGCCAGACCUCAUACAUGUUCUGUGGAAUGAAGGGGCUCAAAUUUCCAUAGAAACAUUAAGAAAUCUUGAGGAAAGUCUUCCAAGAAGUCUGUUACAGCUGCAGAACAAAGUCCAACGGCGUACUCUAUAUGUACCUGUUGGUGUAAUGAUCAGGCAUCCCAAUACUUUUGUACAUAUAGUGUAUAAUUUGAACUGUUCUAUGUAUCCAAAACUAAAAACACUAAUUAAAUACUUUCCAAUUGUUAUACAUUGUGGAGCAUUGGGGGCACUGGUCCUGACUUGCGUCAUCAAAGUGUGGUUAAGCCACACUGAGCUAAAUGUACCCUAUUGUGCCCCUUAACAUGGAAAAAAAGACUCAGUUACCUUAAUGCAAAUUUGUUUUCAAUAUAGUUCCAGUCCACUACCAAGGAAAUGUGCUCUGCCUGUUUGACACCUGUCUAUCCGAUGGAAAAAAUGGUGGCCAAUAAGCUUAUCCUGCACAACAACUGUUUCUGCUGUAAACACUGUCACAAGAAGCUCAGCAUUCACAACUAUUCGUCUCUUUACGGGGAGUUCUACUGCAUUACUCACUACCAACAGCUUUUUAAAAGAAAAGGAAAUUAUGAUGAGGGAUUUGGUCACAAACAGCAUAAAGACCGCUGGCUUCAGAUAAAUAAAAGGACAGAUGAACCAGAUGCAGUGUCCACACUCAAAUCUACAAAACCCAAGUCAAACACUGGUGAUGGCCCGCGUGACAUCUCUGCUAAAGUGUUAGUUACAAAGUCAUCUGUGAGAGAGGCGGGGUCUAACAGCCAUGCUGACGUUAAGGGCAAACUGAAAAUGAGCUGGCCACCAGAGACAAAGAAGACUACUGCUAUAAGUAAUACUUCACAGAGGACAUACACACCAAAUAUGAAAGAUAAGAUAGUCAACUAUGGCAAGGCAGAAAUGUAUAACAUGAGCGCUGCAGAGCAUCAUAAAAAUCAGAAGAACCAAUUAGAGAUGAACCACAAAGGAGAAAAGAAAGACAAGGGGGUCAAGGAACCAUCGAAGGCAGCAGGGUUUAACUUGGCUCAUUUGCCUGCAGAGGAACCAAAUCCAACCAAAGCUGGACGCAUGCGAGACGGCUUUUCUUCAGGAAAAGGUUUUACCGUCACAAAUAAAAAAGCUCAGCAAACUAACGAUGUGCCAAUCUCAGAAACCAAGGACAAUCCUGUCCUUGACAAACUGGAUAAAACUAAGAAAGCUGUACGGUUUUUGCCAAAUGUUGACAUAGUGCAGUAUGACCAGCCUCAAAAUGAUCUGAUGUCGGGAGUCAAAAAAGAGGAGAAUCAGGUGAAUGUUGAAACAUCUGAAAAUAAAUGCGCUGAAGAAAUGACCAACAGUUUGGACCAGGAGUCUCAUGGUAAAGCAGACAUCAGUCAAGAGAGUCCACAAGCUGACAGCACUAUUCUGAAUGGAGUUGCUGAGAAGGUUGAAGAAUCACACAAGAUGCAAAGUGUCACUGAAACCGUCAAAUCUACUCAGGAUCAAAAGCCGUCUGAUAAACCAGCUAUAAUUCCAAGAAGCUCAGCCAGUCGCUCACAAGAUCCAAGUGCACUGCACAUUUCUGCAGCUCCAAAGCCUGACAUAGAGGCCUGUUGUGAAAGCAAUAAAGAUCAGUUAAAAACGACCAGCUUCGUCAAUGUGCAGGAACAUGAUGAUAUUCAGAAGAAACCAGCUGUGGUAGUAGAUUCUCUGAAGGGCUCUGCUAAACAGACUGAAAAGACCAAGGCCAAAUCUGGCUCCUUGUCCAAAGGAAAGAGUCCUUUAUCAAAGCUCUUCACAUCAGGUGGGAGUGACAAAACGAACAAAGCUGAACCAAAAGAUGCCAAGAAAGCAGAUGUCAAACCCAGUGGUGGACUUUUUGGAAGACUGUUUCAGUCGUCCUCAGAGAAGCCCGAGGAUAAGACGAAAUCAGACACAAAGGGUGAGAGACAGGAAAAAACACAUGCUGAUAAGAAAAGGUCAGAGGUGGCAAAGGAAGCCAUAACAGAGGAAAUGCAAAAGGAAGAUGACGUGCCUCAGGUCCCACCUCUGGAACUAGAGAAAUCAACUUCUGCUGAGCCCAGCAUACUGGAGAGUAGCAACGAUGAGGAUAUGAGCAAAUCCACAGAGACAUCCAACCUGAACACGACUUCAACAGGCGAAACAGGUGACGAUUGUGCAAACCCAAUCCAGCUGGGUCAAGAGUCUGAUUUACAGAGCUGUGAGACUGAAGUACUGACUGCUACUGAUCCUGGACCAGCUCAGUCUGAAGAUCCUCCUGAGUCAGUGAACCAAACAUCAGUGGGGCCAGCAGAGAAACGUGGUGGUGAAGUUUUGACUUGUGGUGUCACAUCUGUCUCUGCUGACCCGCCGUUCGAUCAGAUCAGUGGUGACAACGUUGUUCCAAAUCCAAACCAAUUGUUUGAAACGCCAGAGGAUAAAGGGGCAAACCUCGUGCAAGGAGCAUUUACUGAUCACAACCACGAGCCUUAUCAAGAUCCCUGCGAUCUUUUUGGUGCAGUUUUCGGGAACACACCAGGCGAUAUGUUUUCCUCUUCUGUGAGUGACUCUGCAGGUGUUUCUUCUGAAGGCAUCAGCCUGUUUGACUCAUCAGUGGAGAGUGAGGUGAUGCUCAGUGUGACAGAUCAGCCGACAGUCCCUGACCCAGCGCUUACGACCCAAGACAAGAGUCGUGCGUGUGAUCCUUUCAUGACAGACAACAACACAAGUGACCUUGACAUAUUCAGUGUCAACGACGUGCUGUUCGCUCAGCCUCCUACUCUUAAUGUGUUUGAUCAGGGAGGAGCGGAAGCCUCCCAAACACAAACAUCGGCCUUUUCCAAUGACAUAUUUGGACUUGAUGUCAUUUCAAACAACGCAGAUGCGUUUCCAGCCGCUUCUAAUUCACUGCAGGACGCACUGGGGUCAGACAUGUUCUUCACCGGUGCUCCUUCAGGCCACCACACUGAUCUGUUUGCCGAAGACAUUUUCACAUCAGGACAAAGUCUUCUGCCGUCUGUGUCCAUGGCAAGCAAUGCAGAUUCAUUAAUGGACAAUCUUACGGCGUCUGAGAGCAAAACUGCUGAGCAGUCAACAGGAAACACUGUCACAAACAGUAGCUGGAUGGAGGAUCUGCUUGGGUGAUAUGAUGAUAAAUGAAUUAUGUUAAUCCUAUUGUUUAAAAUGUACUUUUUAAGGAUACAAUAAAUCACCUGACAGUUAAUUAGUUUAAAUCAGGGGUCUGCAACCUGUGGCUCUAGAGCGCUAGUAGUUAAUGUUUUUUAGAGACAAGGUGAUAAAUACAAGUGUUUAUUUUAUGCGUCACAUACAAUGUCUUUGUCAAAUGCAAUUAAAAAACAACACUUAAAUGCAGUAAUGUGUAUAUGAAGAAGUACACAAGUGGGUUCAUUUUAAUUUAAUUCAUUUGCCACAAACAAUGGGAGGACUAGGUAUGCAUAAUUUAGUGUUUUUUCCACUUUAUAAGAGGUUAAGGGUAUAAACAGCAAUGAAGUGUCAACUGUUAUCUGCAUGAAAACCUUUAUACAUGUUAUUAUCUUCAUUUUAUGGGUGAAAGGUUUUUUUAUUUUCAUCCUUAAGGUUGCAGACCCCUGGUUUAAAAACCAACUAACGUGCAGACAGCUGUGCAAAAUCAGUUUUAUGUGAACAUUUCUUUAAUAACUGUGCAUGUUAAAGUUAU